UUAAUUAAUAAAACAAAAAUAUUUGAUAACAUUUGAUUUGUUUCAUAACCUAGAAAAAUAUUCUCGACAGAUGGCGCUUCGAUGAUACUUGAAAAUAAAUGAACCAUCGUAUCUUUAAAACGUAUUAUCAAUGAAUAAAGUAGUAUCGUUUACGUGAUUUCUGAUUGGUCCGCGCGAGAUAAGACACAAAUUCAAAUAAUAAGCGUAUGGAUAACCGUCGUUUUCCAUGUACGAAGAAAGCGUAACAGAAUUGUCUGCAUGUGUAUCGUUAGAAAAUUUGAUAUACAAUAUAUGAGUUGGUAAUUAAAGUGCAAUUAUUUAAUACGCUUUACAAUUAAUUAGCAAAUGAAAUCUAUACAUUUGCACGACAAUUAUAAAAGGGAUUGACAUAAUUGAAAGUAAUUUUGUUAAGUGUGUGUGUUAUUACGAACGAAGGGGCUAUUGUAGUAAAGGACGAGAUGGAAUCUCGUUUGCCAAAGCCACAAUUCUACAAAAAAGCAACAACUUUAUUGGACUUGGAUAUGAAAAAAAACGACCAAAACAUGACUAAAACUCAAACAGGCAUAACUACGCGUAUAAUGAGUGGUACAAGUACAACAAGACAAUAUAAUAAUAAACCUACAACAGACGACACGAAGAAGGAUAAUAAUGAUGAAAAAUCAACUAACGAGAAUAAUAAACCUUUGGGUCAAACUAUGACGCGUGCUAAAACUUCGGCAGCUAUAACAAGAACCAAUGAAGCAAUAAAAGCUAUGAAAAGGCCAGCACCAAUUGUGACAACCGCUAAUAUGAAAAAGCCCAAAGUUAAAGUUACUACUAAACUUGUUAAUCCUAGAAGAUCAUUUAAAGGUGUAUUGAAAACAAGAAAUGGUAUUGUUAGAUCUACUGAAACUAAUGCUAACAAUAAAACUACUACUUCUACUACUGCUACUACUUCUGCUACUACUUCUGCUACUAACACAGUCGUCAAUAAAUGGGAUUAUAAGGGUCGUUUUGCAAUUGCAAAUAGUGAAUUGAUCAAAUUGCGUGGAACUUUCAAAGAAGUAUCAAGCAAAAAUAAAGAAUAUCAAAAAUUAAUAGACGACUUGAAGGACAAUGAAAAUACGUACAAAUUAAAAGUCAAGGAAUAUGAAACAUUGAAGACAACGUUAACCAAAGAAUUAGAAACAACUAAAGAAGAAUUUAAACAAGUACAAAAUGAAAAGGAAGAUUUUGUCAAACGUUGGAAUAAAGCUGAAGAGGCUUAUACGAAUGUAAUGGAAGAGUUAAAAAAUGUUCAAGAUAAAUGUAAUGAACAGAAAGUUAAAUUACAAGAACAGGCAAUAGAAAUUGAAGAAAUUAAAACUAAAUUGGAACAGGAUGAAAAUCUUAUUAAAGAUUUGACUCUUCAUAAAGAAAAAUUACAAUCGUUUGUACAUCAAAUGGAUAAAGAACGUAGAAUCCUUCAUAAUACAAUACAAGAAAUGAAGGGUAAUAUUAGAGUAUUUUGUCGUGUACGUCCACGAACUGAAAAAGAAUCUUCUAAACCAUUAUGUUUUAUCAAAUUCGUCGAUGAAUGUACUAUAGAAGUAGGAAAAUCAGAUGCAACUAAUUGUAAUGGAAAAGUAAGAAAUGUACGACAAGAAUUUUCCUUUGACAAAGUGUUUCCGCAUAAUGCAUCGCAAGCUGAUAUUUUUGAAGAAUUAUCUCUUCUAGUUCAAUCAGCUCUCGAAGGAUAUAAUGUUUGUGUAUUUGCAUAUGGCCAAACUGGUUCUGGUAAAACAUACACAAUGGAAGGGGAGCCUGGUUUUGAUACAGAAGGCAUGAUUCCCAGAACGGUCAGACAUAUAUUUAAAGAAAUGAAAGAGUUAGAACUUCUUGGAUGGGAAUAUAAAAUAGAAGCUAGUUUCUUAGAGAUUUAUAAUGAACAUAUAGUUGAUCUUCUUGACUCGCAAUGUAAUAAAAUUCAUGAAAUACGUAUGAGAGAUAAUAGAGGUCAUGAUCUUUAUGUGAGCAAUCUUAAAGUUGAAGAGAUACAUAAUGCUGAAGAAUUACAAGAAUGUUUAUUGGCUGCUCAACGUAAUAGAGCUGUUGCAGCUACCAUGUCAAAUGAACGGUCGUCCAGAUCUCAUUCGGUAGCACGUAUAAGAUUAAUCGGUGAACAUAAACUCAAAGAAGAAGUUUGUAUAGGAAAUCUGAAUUUAGUUGAUUUAGCAGGAUCUGAACGAUUAAAGGGUGAAGAAGCAGCUAGAACUGCAGAAACGAAAAAUAUUAAUAAAUCAUUAGCGAAUCUUGGUAAUGUUAUACUUGCACUUUUAAGGAAGCAAGAACAUGUGCCAUAUAGAAAUUCUAAAUUAACGCAUUUAUUAAUGCCGUCUUUAGGAGGUAAUUCGAAAACUCUUAUGUUACUCAAUAUAUCUCCUUUAGACGAAUGUUACAAUGAAACAUUAAAUUCUUUGAGAUUCGCCAGUAAUGUUAAUAAUUGUAAAAUGAAUGUUAGAAGAGUUAAAACUGCGUUAACGAAUACAUCUAAUUCAUCGUUAUCCAGUUCAAGCUCAGAAAUCUGAUCAACAAUUUCUAAUAUUUUACUUGUGCAAAAUAUUUUUUAAACGUAAAACAUUGAUGAUAUGUUUGAUCUUGAAAAACCCGUUUAUCUAUAAUGUUUCAAAAAAAUAUAUAUAUAUUAUUGCGU